GAAGCCCCGCCCACUACGGAAGGUGAAAGGGUCUCACGGCGGAGCCCAUUUGCGGGCUCCUUCUGCCAAACCUUACCAGUCGGCGGCCCGGAACAGCUAGGGAUGAUGCUGAAGAGGUCCAAGAAGAGGAGUGAGGAUGCAAAGUAGCAGGAAUUGCAGGAGAGGAACCACAGCCCAGGAGAGAGGGACUCUGGGGACAUUUGUCAGUCUGUCCUCCAGUGCUUAGAGGAUGUGGAGUUUUUCAAUGAUCCAAUCUCAAACCGUCAGAUGUACUGAUAAGUUGUUCAUUACGUUCAUGAAGAGGUGUUUGUGAGUCCCCAGGGAUUCACUAUUCUGCAUCGUCCUAAAGAAAGCUUUAGGGUGACAGCUGCUUUUGGAGCUGGCACUGUGAGAUCCAUGGGGAACGGAGUCAACUAAGAUAACUUUUAAGUUUCCUGCGCAUGGACCUGCAGUGUUCACAGGAUGGCUGCUCUUUUUCUAAAGAGGCUAACAUUACAAACUAUGAAAACGGACAAUACUUGCAUUAGAAGACGUUUGGGUACGUACGUCGUACGGAAGACGGCGCUGGCGGAGCCACCCCACACCGCCUCCGCCCCGAGACCGUCCUGCCUCAUUCACACAGCAACCUUUAGUACUGAAGUCGACCAGGACAAGAGAGGAAAGAAAGCAAAGCAGGAAACAGCUUUUCGUAACGUUGGAAGAAAAAUUAACGAGCGCAUCAUUCAGGUGCUGGAUGAGAAGGGCAACGACCUGGGCCCCAUGCACCGAGCGAACGUCAUCAGGCUCAUGGCCGAGCAGGACCUGCGGCUGGUGCCGAGGGACCCCGGCGCCCAGCCCCCGCGGUACCAGCUCAUGACGGGCACGCAGAUCUACCAGGAGCGGCUCCGCCUCAGAGGGAUGGAGAGGGCCGAGCCCAAGCCUGGACCCACCCUGACAAAGGAACUGACUUUUUCUUCAAAUAUUGGACAACAUGAUUUGGACACAAAGAGUAAACAGAUUCAGCACUGGAUCGAGAAGAAGUAUAAAGUUCAAAUUACAAUAAAGAAAGGGAAGAAUACAGAAGAGCCAGAAAACAAAAUGGAGGAGAUAUGUAAUCAAAUACUCCAGACUAUGCCUGGAAUAGCUACCUUCUCAUCCAGGCCACAGCUCAUCAGAGGGGGAAAGGCUGUGAUGUGUGUGCUUCGUCCCUUGAGCCAAAAGGAAGAGAAUGAGUGCAGAUCAGCUCUGGGGACCCAGAGAGGAGACGCUCUGAAGAGAGGAAAUGGAAACGACGGAGCAUCCAAUGCUCUGCACCAGUGAUUUUAAUAAAAACGUGCUUCUGAGAGAAAGUAA